UAGCUUCUUCAGUAUUUUUAGCCAACACAUUUCUCUAAUCGUUGGGAAAACGAACUUUUGCGCCGUGUGCCUUUCUUUUAAAAUCUUUUAAUGAUACCCAGACGAGUGCCAUUUUAUAUCAAUGACGACAGAUUUAAUAAACUCUUAUAGGUGAUUGUAAAUAAUAAGAAUCGUACUCGUUCUGCAAAGUGGGCCAGCUUAUAAAAGCAGUAGCCAGCCCAGGGGGACCAUUUUUAGCCAAAAUAUGUUGACGAGUCAGGAUCUCAGUCUUAUUGUAAUCGUUCUGUUGACCAUUUCGACGGUUGCUCGGGCUGCGCCCCCAACAUCGAGGGUUGUUAAUGGUACGGAUUCCAGUGUGCAGAAGUAUCCUUUUGUGGUAUCGCUGCGUAGUUACGACGGCGCCCAUUCCUGCGGUGGAACCAUAAUCUCCAAUCAGUUUGUGAUGACUGCUGCCCAUUGCACCAAUGGACGCUCCGCAGAGACGCUAUCCAUUCAGUUUGGAGUGACCAAUAUUAAUGUGUACGGACCGAAUGUGGUGGGCAUAAAGAAAGUCAUCCAGCACGAGGAUUUCGAUCCGAGUCGUCAGAAUGCCAACGAUAUUUCGCUGCUGAUAGUGAAGGAACCUUUCGAGUUUGAUGGAGUUUCAGUGGCUCCAGUGGAACUGCCAUCCUUGGCCUUCGCCGUCCCCCAAUCAGAUGCUGGAGCUGAGGGCGUGCUCGUUGGCUGGGGCCUUAAUGCGACCUAUGGCAGUGUCCAGACCACCCUGCAGGAGGUAUCCCUGAAGAUCUACUCGGAUGAGGAGUGCACCGCCCGACAUGGUGGCCAAACGGAUCCCAGAUACCACAUCUGCGGGGGCGUGGACGAGGGCGGCAAGGGCCAGUGCAGUGGGGAUUCUGGCGGACCCCUCAUCUACAAUGGCCAGCAGGUGGGCAUCGUCUCGUGGAGCAUCAAGCCCUGCACCGUGGCCCCCUAUCCGGGUGUCUACUGCAAGGUUAGCGAGUACAUUGACUGGAUCAAGCACAACCAAAUCAUUUUCGCUAAUUAUUAGUCACAAAGACCAUUGUUCAAUAAAUUCAAAGUUAAAGCACUUAAUAAAUAA